AUGGUUGUUACCUUUCCUAUAGAGACGCCAGCCCAAAGGCAGGUCUUGGGCGUGGCUAUCGCUUUCUCCAUCCUAGCUGUGGUAGCAGUAUGUCUGCGACUGCUAGCUCACCAUCUUGCGCGUAAAAGAUGGAUUUUGAGUGACUAUUUCAUAAUUGCCGGCGGUAUCUUCGCGGUCGGCCUCCAGUCCGUCAGCAUCACCGGCGUGCUACAAGCGGGUAUCGGUUAUGAUCAUGUCACUACAAUUGCGGGCACAUAUGGAAUGGAGCCUAUUACGAAACUUCUUCAGCUGAUCGUCCCAUUGCAAUUUCUCUGGGUUCUGAGUCUCAGCUGUACAAAAAUAUCCAUCUUGUUCUUAUAUCUUAGCAUCUUCCCGGUCACUUGGGUCGUGCGGGUCUCCUGGGCAACAAUGGGUGUAAUUAUAGCCUGGACUAUUGGGACAAUACUGGCUGGGUGUCUGAUCUGUCGUCCGUUCGCUUUUAACUGGGACCAGACUAUCCCUGGCGGAUCGUGUGGUAACCAGGUUACCUCAUUCACGGUGACAGGGGUUAUAAAUCUUGUUACCGACGUUGUUGUGCUGGUGACACCUAUGCCGCUGCUGUAUAAGCUGCAAAUGGCAAGGUAUAAGAAAGUGACAUUCAUCACUAUCUUCGGGCUGGGAGGAGUCACAUGUAUCAUCAGUAUUCUUCGUAUCUCCAUACUCUCGACAAUGGACUUCACCGAUAUCACCUACUCGAUUCCCCGUGCCAACAUUUUCAGUGGCCUGGAGCCCUGUCUCGCUGUCAUCCUCGCUUCGGUCCCUAUGAUGCGCCCCCUCCUGGGCCGCUCAACAGACACACCUGAGGUGACAGCUCGCCCAUCGAAUAAGUCUUCGUCCCCGUCUGGAAGAUCCAGGUCUACUGGCGAUAGCGAGUUCCAGCAGCUGCAGGAUGACUCUAGCGUGCUGUGUUUGCGGCCAAUGGGGCCAAAGCAUGAGGUUGGCGUCGCAGUUCAAAGUCCCACAGAGACGAGAGAGAUAUCCCGUGGGAGCGAAGAUUUUCUUGAAGCUGGAGAGAGCAGAGAUGGGGCUCAGACGCAAAAAGGAGGCUGGGGGAUUUCAGUGAAGCAAGAAUGGGCUGUGAUGCAUGGGCGGAAGUAA